GAGAUCUUGGCGAAAGCGGCGAUUCAGACGCUGGAGGCGCUGGACUACGCCUUCGACCUCGCUGCUGCAGAGGCUCGCCCAUCAACGAGUGCAUCAACGAAGGACGUCUGGGAGAGCAUCCAGGAAGCGGAGGAGAAGGAACGCCGUGAGAAGGAGCUGAGGCAGGAGUGGCGGGAGCUGCUCCUCCUGCUCUCCGAGACCCACGGGAGAGCCCUCUCCUUCGUGCAGCCCACAGCGGAUCGGGAGGUAGCACAGCAGGUCAUCAGGAAGAAUGGCCGCUGUCUGGCUUAUGCCCAGCGAGCGCUGCGUGAGGAUCGCGAGCUGGUCAAUGACUCUGUACGGGCCAACAUCGGCACAUGCUCAGGGCUUGUGUGGCGGGCCGAUCCGAAGGAUAUAGAGGAGGUCGAUGACCUCCAGGAUGACAUCCCGGAGAAGAAGGCCAAGGUUUACGACCUGACGGACUUCCUGCAGCACCACCACGAGCAGCGCAACUCCAUCCUCGCCUGGGCCGGCCGCGACGCGACGCCCAUCUUCGACAAGAUCCCGGGCCGGUUCCCUUCCAAGCAGUGGAUGUCGGUCCACAUGCGCCCGGAGUUCAAGACCGGCAAGGUUGGGCCAGAGAGGCCCGUGGACCCCGUCAUCAAGCAGCUGAGGGACCUGCACGACGAGCUGCGGCGCUUAGAGGGCCCCUCCAAGGAGGACAUCGAGGCGGCGAAGACGGCCAUGAAGGUGCCGGGCAAGACGGAUGCGCCGACCCUGUCGGAGGAGAGCCGCUUCCCGAAGUUGGCGGAGAUCUCGGCUGGCAAGGACCUGCCGUUCUUCUCGCGUGCCGAGGUUGCCAAGCACAACACAGCGGAGGAGCCGUACAUGAUCAUCCACAACCGCGUCUACAACCUGAAGCCCCUGCUGGGCAGCCACCCCGGCGGCGACGACAUCCUGAUGUCCAAGGCGGGCACGGAUUGCACCAAGGACUUCGAAGUCUUCGAGCAUUCCGAGAAGGCACGAGUGCAGCGAGACCGCGACAUGCUGGUGGGCCAGCUGGUGCCGGCGGAGAACACGGACUGGUCGGAGUCGGCAGCAGUGCAGCAGCAGGUGGUCGGCGAAGAGACUUCUGAGAUUGGCCGCUACCUGAAGUACAAGGUCACGGACGUGGCGGUUGCCGCCCUGGCUUGGUACCUCUUCAAGACCUUCCAGAACCGCAAGCCCUUGUCGCAGUUCACCUACAGCCGUGCGCUGAGGCAUCUGCACCUCAUCAUGGCCGUGGGCAUCUUCGGUGCUGUGGGGACCGCUCAGGCCGCAUCCUACUCGGAGG